AUGUCUGAGCCAUGUGAACGUAGAAAGCAACUGCGCAACCUGAACAGCAAAGCAUGGGGUGGUGAGCUGCUUGUCGUGGACUCCCCUGAUACCUCUUUGAAAAGCAACAUGGCUGUGCUCAAGAGACUAAGCUCGGCUAUCACGACAGAAACGCAGAAUACUUUGAUAGAUUUGAUCAAGAGAGUUUCACUCGAGAAAUAUCUGGACGAGUUGAUCCCGGCAACGGCAGACGGGCUUCUUUCUUUGAAGAAGAAGGACGCAACGGCUGCCGUUGAGGUGCUCUCCGUGCUGCAUCAACGAUUUUCGUCUCGCUUCACUUCGAAACUGGCAUUAUAUUUUUUCCGUUCGGUUGAGGACUUCAGAGAACCCGAGCAUCUGCCCGUCUUGGGCACUCUGCUGAGAUUGUACUGUGAAAUGUACUUGGUUGACCUUAUCCGAUUGGAUGAUAGUGUCGACAAGAGCAUGCUGCCACGGUACUUGGUGAAGUCUGACAGACCUCUUCUUCUGGCCUACGUCUCGCAGCUACUCUCUCAACACGCGAAUAACACAAGGCUACUUCCUAUUGUCUCAGGAUUCGUCAAGAAGUUUGAAGAUGAACUUCUUCGUGAGAAUGAGUUUUUAGGUCCGUCAGAAAGGCUGUCACUGGUCAAGCUCCUCACUAAGUAUAGUGAACAUGUAUGCAAAAUGACUGAAAACAUGCAUGAGCAGAUAUCCGGUCUAGUGAAUCAGGUCAAUGAGAUAUCACGAAAAACCGGCAAAGUGCCCGAAUCCCUUGAAUCCGAGCUCAAGGAGAAGAAAGAUGAGUUUGCCAAACUGGAAGCUUAUUCGGAAUUUGCACAUGAGGUGUUCUCCACUCGAAAACCCUCGCUGGCUCAGGAGGCGGAACCGACCGCCAAGAUCACGGCUAUCUCGGGACUAUCCGAAUCCAACCGUUGGGAGAGUGAGGAGCAGCGUAAAUUCUACGAAGAGGUAGCAGAUAUUUCUGAAAUGGUGGAUCCGAGCCUGCUUUUAAAAAGAGGGCCCGAUAUAGAAGAGAAAGGGGCUCAUAAAGACGUUUUCCCCACAUUUGUCAAACAGCUGGACGCUGCUACUACUGCAGAGGAGGUGGAUGGUAAAGCUCGCGAAUUUUGGCAGCAGGAGAUGUACAAUAAAUCUGCGGAAAGCCGUCUGUAUCGCCACGCGUUCUCGCAAGGUAUUAAUGCCAAAGCCUUUGCGCGGUUUCUGUGCAUCAACCGCAAUGUGUUCAAGUCUUUAAUUCAGAAAAUAGAAAGCAAAGCUGACGCAAUUUUAAAAGACCAAUUGACCAUGUCGCAUAUAGACUACAACACGGUCAGGCUAUAUUGUGAAAUGGCCAACUUCAGCUUGGUUCCGGGUACCAAAUUUUUGCAUAUGCUGCGGUUUCUAGUGGUAAACGUUGGGGAGGGAGUAGGUUUGGACCUGUUGACCCUGUUCUUCGACUAUUCCAGAUUUACCAUUCUCUAUCGACCGGAGUAUUCCGAGGACGUGAACAACUUAAUCCAUCUUCUUCAAAGUGUGACAAGCAGGCUGCAAGGAGACCGACAAAAGGCCGCGCAGGCUUUUCUGUCGUCGCUUGCUGUUGCUCAAGAGAAGGUGCAAGUCGGAACAGCGAAACCCAAGUUGCAAUUUCUCGAGUAUAUGCUCAAACGGGCUCUGCAAAACCAAGUCUUCUUUCCGGCCCUUCUCGAAUUCGAAUGGGACCACGAAUCGUAUACCACGAUCGUGGACUUCUUUAGCCAUCCAGAAACGAUAGCCUACGAUGAGAUCCCGGCCCUUGUCUCCUUGCUCAAAUACUUGGGCGAACAUGAUCCUGUACUGAUUACCGUUGUGGUUGAUGGUCUGAUUGAGGAAUUUCAAUCUGGAUUCGAACUAAACGAUUUCCGACAGAAUAGGAAGAGAAUGGCGGUUGCAAGCUACCUGGCGCAGCUCGCCGUUAAAAGGCUAAUAACGCCGCCACUCUUUCGAAAUCUGGUCAAGUACGCGAUUUUCGAAUCUGCCCACGGCGAUCCGUCCAACUGGUUCUGGGCGAAGAUGGUGUGCUUAUUUUUCGAACUCUCAAAGAAAGAUACGCCGCUGGAGUUGAUGCUAUUUGACUAUCAUCUGCUUCUUCAAGGUGAACUGCCUCUGGAUCUUCACUUGCGAGUAGUCAAGUGCUUUGAGUCGCGCGGCGCAACACGCGCACACAAUGUUGCGGAGGCAGCUAAACGGAUCAGCGAAAUGAGCAAAGCUAGCCGUCAGAUGCCUGAAUCUGAGCAGGAGGAUGAUGAAGAGCUGGAGCAGGAGACCGAUGAUCUCUCAGAAUCAGAAGAGGCUACAGAAGAUACUGGCGAUUCUGAGACCGAUGAUGACUCUGAGGAGGACGAUGACACUGAAUCUGAGCUGGACGAGAGCAUGAUCAACAAACAGCUCGAUAUGAGCAUCCAGUCAGAGUUUGACAGCAUGCUUGCCGCAAGUUUGAAAACUUCCGGUUCAACGAAUCCUCGUGCUCGUGUACGUCAGCCACUCGGCACCGCUGUUCGCAAAGACCAAACAGAAAACGGAGCCAACAAGUUUACGCUUCUAACGAAAUCGGGAAACAAGAUUGCGGCACGGAAGAUUGAGGUUCCGGACCAUGUAGACUUUGUUGCUGAGCAAUUGACCAAUGCAGAGCUGUGGGAGCGGGAGCGCGUCAGGAUCAAGGACUAUGUGCUCAAUCAGCACGAAUAG